AUGGAUGACGAGAGAAGGGUACUGUGUUCAGAGAACCGAGGUUUAGCGGAUUAUGUGUUGCAGAAGAAGCGAGAACACGCAAAUACUCCCAAGGGUUUGUCGGAAAAUCAGGGGAGGACAUUUCUUAAAGCGUAUAGAAAUGUCUGCGACGCCAAGGAUCCCAUUAACACACUCAAAGACUUGUCGCAGAUCAAGGGCUUUGGCAAAUGGAUGCUUAAGCUCAUGAAAGGAUAUUUCGACACUGGCGCUGGAAGUUCUGAGCAAGAAGAUUUACCAGCAAACUCUACUGCGAGGAAGGCCAAGGAGAAAAAACAGUACAUUCCUCAAAGAAACUCUGCGGCUUAUGCAUUACUAAUAACGCUUCACAGAGGGACUCCAAAUGAGAAAGACUUCAUUCGCAGGCAAGAACUUAUUGAUGCUGCUGACGCAAGUGGGCUCUCACAAGUUCCUAUUGGGGCAGAGAAAGGAAAAGGAAAAUUAGGACUUGGCCACUCUAAGAGAGACUGGUAUAGUGGAUGGAACUGCAUGAAGACACUUACACAGAAAGGACUAGUGAUGAAAUUUAGCAACCCAGCAAAGUACAAGCUGACAGAUAAAGGUCGGGAAGUAGCAAAUGAAUGUAUUAUGCGAUCUGGCUUAUCUAAUUCCCUUGAUGAUGACGCCAAUCCAAAAUCUAAGGCAGAUUCAGCAGGACCUUCUAGAGCACAAACUGUCUUAGCUACAAAUUUACUGGUCAAGUUGACAUCUUAUCAGAUGAUGAUAUGGACCUUGCAGAGCCAUAUACCUAUCCAAAAUCUAAGGCAGAUUCAGCAGGACCUUCUAGAGCAAAAACUUGUCAAAUUGACAUCUUAUCUGAUGAUGAGACGGAUCUUUCACAGCCAUAUCCCUAUCCAAAAGAUUCAGCAGGACCUUCUAGAGCACAAAAUUGUCAAGUUGAUUUUGAGGGAUCUCGUGCUUAAAAGUUCCGAUCUUGCAAUGAUGGGUACACCUCAAAUCCAUGUUCAUCCGCUAGCUUCAGAUGGAGUCGAAGGAAUUACAAAUGUUCCACGCCUUCCUCCUCUUACAUUUGGAGAAACGUUUGAGGAAGCAUAUGAGGUGAUCUUGAUACUUGAUGACCGAGAACAGUUUGCCACCAAGGGAUCCAGGAAAAUAGUUGAUUACACAUGCUCUGAUUUCAAGAUGAAGAUUGAGGUUAGACGAUUACCAGUAGGGGACUGUAUCUGGAUUGCUAGGCAUAAGUGCCUUGGGACUGAAUAUGUUCUGGACUUUAUCGUUGAGAGGAAGAACAUUGAUGAUAUGCGCUCGUCGUUCACAGAUGGUCGCUACAGGGACCAAAAACAUAGACUGCAGAGAUCGGGACUGAAGAAGCUGAUGUACAUUCUUGAAGGGGAUCCAAACCAGUCUAAUUCAGGAGAAAGCAUAAAAACGGCUUGUUUCACAACGGAGAUUCUGGAGGACUUUGAUGUGCUGAGGACUAAUGGACUUGGCGAGACGCUAAGAAAGUACGGUUAUCUCACAAAAUCAAUACACCAAUACUACAAGUCCAAGGUGAAUGAUGAGCACAGCAAAGUCUCGCCCUUGUGUCCUUCUUUUGAUAGUUUUGUCAAAAAGUGCCAAAACCUCGAUAAAAUGACAAUCAGCAAUCUAUUUGCCAUUCAGCUUAUGCAGGUCCCGCAGGUAACAGAGGAAAUAGCCAUAGCUGUUGUUGAUAUGUACCCAACACUUUUAUCUCUUGCUUCUGCCUACUCUCAUCUAGAAGGGAAUGUCUCAGCGCAAGAAGAGAUGUUGAAGAAUCGAAGCAACAAUGUAAUCUGUGCAACAGCUAGCAAGAAUAUUUUCAAGUUAGUUUGGAGUGAGUGA